UAGUCGCCAUAACACAUCGCUGGGGAACUCCGCAGCUCGGAGAAUCGGUCUGUCUUCUGUGAUCAAAGAUAGCUGUCCGUGAUGGCUGUUCUGCUGGUAGUUACCGGAGUGGGGCAGAUGGGCGACACGGGGAAGCCCACCGGCUGGUACCUGCCGGAAGUCGCGCAUCCCUGGAAGGUCUUCACGGACGCCGGGCUCAAGGUCACCUUCGCCAGCCCUAAGGGAGGGAAGACGCCGGUGGACCCUUCCAGCGUGGAGGCCUUCAAGGGUGAUCCCGUCUGUGCGCAGUUCUUAGAGAACAACGACCUGAUGGCGCAGCUGGACAGCACUGCGUCACUGGCUGACGUCAAACCAAGCGACUACAAGGCAAUUUUCUUUGCCGGCGGCCACGGAACGAUGUGGGACUUCCCUGAUGACGUCAAUCUCCUUAAAGUGACGGCUGCAGUCUACGAGCAGGGCGGGGUGGUGUCGUCUGUGUGCCACGGGCAAGCAGCGCUCGUGAACGUGAAGCUGUCAGACGGCAGUUACCUGGUGCAGGGGAAGAAGGUGACGAGUUGGACCAACAACGAGGAGAACGCGGUCAAGCUGAUGGAGGUCAUGCCGUUCCCACUGGAGACCAAACUACGGGAGCGCGGCUGCGACUUCGUGGAGACAACGGUGUUUACUGAAAACGUGCAGGUGGCAGGCCGUCUUGUGACGGGACAGAACCCGGCCUCCGCCACGCCCACAGCAGCGGCAGUCGUCAAGGCCAUCAGCGGAUGAGCAGCGACAUCAAACGGACUGCACACGUACUGCACAUGGAACUCACUCGUCCCUUUUAACGAUAGCAUGAUGUAUCUCGGGCUUGUCUUUUAUAGGCAUGCUGAAUUUGGAUUAUUAUACGGAUGGUUUAUUUAAUUAAACAAAAAGUAACAUUGAUAUGCUGUAUUGCGAUAGAACAUAUGAUAUAACGUUAGAAUUGGCAUCAGACACUUUUACAAAUAGAUCACGACGAGGAUAAAAAAAUACAUUAAAACAGUUGAACAUAGUCUUCGUCGUUACAGAACUAUCCUUUUAUUCUACAAACGUUUCGACGAACAUCCGUGCAUCGCCUUCAUCAGUGCGUAAUGAAACAGUUUCUAUCGGUGCUAACUGAAUUUAACAUGUCAGUGCAAAACAGCCUUUAAAACAGUAUUUGCCGGAAUAUGAAACAAAGGGUAGAAGACCGUCACGCCAAAAA